UCAGCUGUGAGUGAAUGGGGGCUUCAAAAGGCCAACCAUGGAAUUGCUGUGGUCACGGACAACGCGAGGAAUAUGGAUGUUGCUGUCAGAGAGGCGGGACUGGCGCCCCAUGUCAGGUGUUUUGCCCACACUUUGAACUUAGCUAGCCAAGCGGGUUUGAGUGUGCCCCGCGUGAGUCGUUUGUUGGGCAGAGUAAGACGCAUUGCUGCCUUCUUUCACCGAAGCUCAACAGCCACAGCUGCGCUCGCAGCCAAACAGAUACUACUGGAGCUUCCACCGCAUAAGUUAAUCAUCGAUGUCGCAAUGCGCUGGAACAGCAGUCUGGAUAUGAUCGAACGCUACCUCGAACAGCAAGCGGCUGUAACAGCAGCUCUUCUGAGCAACGACGUUCGACGAAAUGUCCGUGACAUCGAUACUUUGGAUGGCUCAGACAUCCGUGAUGCAGAGGACAUUGUGAACCUUUUAAAGCCACUCAAAACAGCCACAACUGUGCGGUGUGAUGAGAAAAACCCCACUGUGUCUCUCAUUGUGCCCUUAAAGCAUAUGAUCGAGCAUAACAUGGCAUCUAAAGAAGAAGAUUCCCCCACUGUGAGCAACAUAAAGAAAGCUAUACUGAACAACCUUCACAACAGAUACACUUCAGAGUACAACCACCUGCUGGAGUGCACUGCAUUAGACCCCAGAUUCCGGGUUCUGCCUCAUCUAGAGAAAGACCAAUGCGAUGAUGUAUUCCACAGACUGAAGGAGAAAGCUGUACUGAUGUUGCAGAACAAGGGCAAAAAAGGUGCCAGUGGUCACCCCCCUGCAGCAGAACAGCCUCUUGACCAGAAAGACAGAGCAGGAACAGAGCUGAAACCACCUCCUUCCAAGAAAACAGCAUUGGAAGAUCUCCUUGGAGGGACUUUUGAUGAACCAGUUGCAAAGCACAUCACUCAGAUUGAUGCAGAAAUGAUUAAGUACAGAGCUGAAACAUCAAUUUCCCUCAAUAGCUGUCCACUCAAGUGGUGGAAAGAGAAUGCUAGGGUAUACCCACUGCUAUCCAGUAUAGCAAAAGCAUAUCUCUCCACACCAGCCACCUCUGUCCCUAGUGAAAGGGUUUUUUCGUCGGCAGGGGACAUUGUGAAUGUGCAGAGAUCUCAGCUUCUGCCAGAAAAUGUGGACAUGCUGAUAUUUCUUUAAAAAAAACAAGUAAAAAAAAACAAAGAGUCUUUUUUGACUUGUUUCCCAGUGUUUUGAAACAGGGUUUGAAUCGAGAUACAUUUAGUUUGUUUAUAUGAAAAUAUUUAUUUUAUUUGGGAUUUGUUUUAAUAUUCCAAUUUAGUUUUGUUAUUUGACAAAGAUGUUUCAGUUUCAAAAAGAAAUGUGCAGCAAGUUUGUUUAUAUGAAAAGAUUUAUUUUAUUUGGGAUUUGUUUUAAUAUUCCAAUUUAGUUUUGUUAUUUGACAAAGAUAUUUCUGUUACAGAAAGAAUU